AUGGCAAAAGAGGUUGUAAGGUGGACAUUACUGAAAGGUGAAAGGAAAACCUUUUUCUUUUUGACCAAGUCCUUCUGGAGUGAAAGGUUGCAUUAUCGAAUUGAUAGUGCCUCCUCGUACAGAAUGUUAACUAUAACAAGGCUAUUUAUGGAUAUGUGUAAUGUUGAGGAUUCAGUUAAGGAAUUUCUGGCCAAAGCCAAGGAGGAAUUUCAGCAGAAAUGGGAUCACCCGUCACAUUUCCCUUACAAACUUUCAAAAGGCAAAAGACCCAAUUUUCAGAACACAGCCUGUCUCGAUGACUUUGACAGAAUCAAAACCCUCGGCACUGGAUCGUUUGGCCGUGUGAUGUUGGUCCAACACAAGGCCAACAAGGAAUACUAUGCCAUGAAGAUACUGGACAAACAAAAGGUUGUUAAACUGAAGCAAGUUGAACACACAUUAAAUGAAAAACGAAUCUUGCAAGCAGUCUCUUUCCCUUUUCUCGUCAGUCUUGAAUAUCAUUAUAAGGACAAUUCCAAUCUUUAUAUGGUUCUAGAGUUUGUGACUGGCGGAGAGAUGUUUUCUCACCUGAGACGGAUAGGAAGGUUUAGUGAACCUCACUCCAGAUUUUAUGCGGCUCAAAUCGUGUUGGCGUUUGAGUAUCUGCACUACUUGGAUAUCAUUUACAGAGAUUUAAAACCUGAGAAUUUGCUUAUUGAUUCAUCUGGUUACUUGAAAGUAACAGAUUUUGGUUUUGCCAAACGAGUUAAAGGAAGAACAUGGACCUUAUGUGGAACUCCGGAGUAUUUGGCCCCUGAAAUUAUUCUCAGCAAGGGUUACAACAAGGCUGUUGACUGGUGGGCCCUCGGAGUACUAGUCUAUGAAAUGGCAGCAGGAUAUCCUCCAUUCUUUGCUGAUCAACCUAUACAGAUUUAUGAAAAAAUUGUUUCUGGCAAGGUACGAUUCCCGUCGCACUUCAGCUCUGACCUAAAGGACUUGCUGCGGAACUUGCUGCAGGUGGAUCUCACCAAACGAUACGGCAACUUAAAGAAUGGCGUCAACGACAUCAAGAACCAUAAAUGGUUUGCCACCACAGAAUGGAUUGCCAUCUACCAGAAGAAGGUUGAAGCUCCUUUUAUUCCAAAAUGUAAAGGCCCAGGGGAUGCAAGUAACUUUGAUGAUUACGAGGAGGUGCCACUAAGGAUCUCCUCCACAGAGAAGUGUGCGAAAGAGUUUGCUGACUUUUAAACAACACAAAACAAAAAACAAAAAGAGACAAAAAAAUACACAAAAAACAGUAAAAC